GUUGCUGCAGUGCUAAUAGUUGGCAGCACAGAGAGCAGUACAAAGAAUUCUGAUUCUAGACACUUUCAGUUGCAACAUUCAUUUCGAGGCUGUAGUGUGCUUGUUUAGUGAUCUUCAGUGAUACCAUCUCUUGAUGUAUUCACAUGACUAAGUGGGAGAUAUGAGUACACUUUACUGAACAGACAUGGAUCACUAACUGAAAGGUAGUGCAAUAGCCCACGCGCUGGCUAACCUACAGUAUUCCUGCUUAUGUGUAAAUGAAACAAGAUUUUAUUCUCAAGAUGGCCGACCUGGAAGUCUACUUGUAGCUUUGAUAUUUAUGCAAAUGAGCUAAAUGCCUGUGGCUUAUAUAGAGGAGGAAGUUCAUUUCACACAUGUCAAGCAUUCUCCAGGGUCAAGAUGGACAGCACAGAAGAACCUCAGAAAAAAGUCUUUAAGGCCCGAAAAACAAUGAGAGUAAGCGAUCGGCAACAACUUGAGGCUGUCUAUAAGGUCAAAGAGGAGCUGUUGAAGACCACUGAAAUUAAACUGUUAAAUGGCAAACAUGAAAAUGGAGAUUCUGAUCUAAAUUCCCCUUUAAGCAACACAGACUGCAUGGAGGACAAAAAGGAGUUUAAUGGUUUAGUGGAUAUAUGUCUUGACCCUGAAGAAGGGAGAACUGAAAGUGAGGAAAUCUCUGAUGUCAAAAGUCCUGCUGUCAGGGCAGAGAACAAAGAUGGUGACCUAGAUUGCAAACCUGAAACAUUGUCUCCAGAGAAUGUUAUCUCUGAACAAGAGCAGGAGGAUCUUAUCAUUGCUUCAGUCUCUGAGGGUGGAAAUCAGGUACUUGAUAACAAAAAAGAUGAUGACCUUCACGAAGAACACAGAAUAAAACAUAGUUUGGACCAAAGAGAGACAGAGAGCCCAUCUGAAGGUGAAAGCAAAGUAAGCUGUGAUGUUAAUGACUCUUCAGAAGAGAAAGCAGAAACAAAUGAAUUAGCUGUUAGUUCUGAUCUACCUGUUGAAGAAGAAAAAAGUGCUGAAGAAGAGGUUGUUGAUGAAGAUACUGUUGGAGAAGAGGCUAUAUCUAGCAGUAUGGAAACUGACCAGGAACCAAAGGAUGAAGGAGACCAAUCUGCAUAUCUUCCAGAAACCACCAUUGAAAAGUCAGUAGAAGAACCAAGCGAGAACAUCUUGGAAAACACAGACUCUAUGGAGACGGAUGAAAUAAUUCCAAUUUUGGAAAAGCUGGCCCCAGCUGAAGAUGAACUAUGUUGUUUUUCUAAAACUUCCCUGCUUCCAGUGGAUGACACAAGCCCAGAUUUGGAAGAUAAAAUGGAGAACUCUUUGGGUUCACCAUCCAAACACGAAAUCAGUGAAAGUUUGCCUAAAGAAGCUUUCUUAGUACUCUCUGAUGAAGAGGAGCCGUGUGGUGAGAAAGAGGAGGAUGCUGAAGUGGUACUACCAAACAAGACAAGUCCUCCAGAAGAGGUGGAAGAGGAGGAAAAAGAAAGGAAGGAACAGGAUAAAGAGAGAGAAAAGGAAGAGCACAAAGAAGAAGACAGACAUCCAGAGAGAAGUGAAGUGUCAAGAAGGAAGCGUUCCAAAUCAGAGGAUAUGGACAAUGUACAUUCUAAACGUCGUCGGUACAUGGGAGAAGAGUAUGAAGCAGAACUCCAAGUAAAAAUUACAGCCAGAGGGGAUAUUAACCAGAAGCUGCAAAAGGUCGUCCAGAGGUUGUUAGAGGAGAAACUCAGUGCCCUGCAGUGUGCUGUAUUUGACAAGACUUUGGCAGAUCUGAAAACACGAGUAGAGAAGAUAGAAUGUAGCAAGAGGCAUAAAACUGUGCUUACUGAACUACAGGCUAAAAUUGCUAGAUUGACGAAACGUUUUGGAGCAGCCAAAGAGGACCUGAAGAAAAAACAGGAAAAUCCUCCAAACCCACCUCUGUCUCCAGGGAAAGCAGUGAGUGAUACAGGCAGCAUCAGCAACCUAACCUAUAGAAAUGCCAGCACAGUGAGACAGAUGCUGGAGUCCAAGAGAAACAUAGGAGAGAGUACAUCAACACCUUUUCAACCCCCCAUGAAUGCAGUGUCUACUCCAAGUCUUGCUGCUCCUCAGACAGUGGUCAGUGGACAUCCCAAACCUCAGACUCCUGUGACUUCCAGCUCCUUGACAACAUCAGUUCUCCCUACAGCCAACACAGCUACAGUAGUUGGCACCACACAGAUGCCCAGUAGCAACACUCAGCCCAUGUCUGUCUCACUACAGUCUUUGCCAGUAAUUUUGCAUGUUCCAGUUGCAGUAUCCUCCCAGCCUCAGCUCCUGCAAGGCCACACAGGGACUUUGGUCACCAACCAGCAGUCAGGCAAUGUUGAAUUUAUAUCAGUACAAAGCCCUUCUACUGUUGGUAGCCUUGCCAAAACUCCAGUGUCUCUGGCGUCUACUAACCCAGCUAAACCAAAUAACAGCCCUUCUGUGUCCAGCCCUGGUAUUCAGAGGAACUCUCCGGCCAGUGCUGGGUCAAUAGGGACAACACUGGCAGUACAGGCUGUUUCUACAGCACAUCCUGUUGCCCCAGCCACAAGGACUACUUUGACCACAGUGGCUACUUCAGGACUGUAUAAUCCUACCAGCAAUCGGGGUCCCAUACAGAUGAAGAUCCCACUCUCUGCAUUCAGCAGUCCAGCUCCCACCGAACCAAGCACCGUCACAGCACCUCGAGUUGAGAGCCAGACAAACAGACCACCAACUGAUGCUUCAACAAAUAAGAGACCAACUGAGAGCACAGCACAGCUCUCAGAACAAAAAGUAGUUUGCAGUGUGCCGUAUACCUGUGGCAUAUUUGAUGGUACAACUUUGAUCAAUUGUUUCGAAAACCAGUUGAAACAGGAAGAGACUUCAUCAGACAGUAAAGAGCCAGUAGAAGCAACACAGACGAAUUUUAACUUCCCUGAGGAUGUCCUGUUUGGCUUGGAGGAGGAGGAAGAGGAUGCUAAGAGCAUCAAAAACACCCACAAGCAGACUGGCUGGGCUGCUAAUCUACUAAAGCAGUGGCUGGCUAAAAAUGGCAAGGAUCCUAGCUUUGAAUUGGUGCCAGUAACUGAACUCAAUGAUAUUUUAAGAGAGUUUUAUUACACAAUAAGGAACCAUGAUGGAAAUACCUACAGUGUGGCAAGUUAUAAGUCCAUGCGUGCUGGCUUGAACCGGCAUCUCAAAAUGCUACCCUAUAAUCGUCAGAUUUGCCUAAUGAAGGACAAAGAGUUUUCCAGUGCUAACAUGGUGUUUGUGAGUGUGUUGAAGAUGCUGCGCAUGCAGGGGAAGGAUGAAACUCACCACCACCCUCCCAUAGCAGCUGAAGACUUACGUAAGAUUAAGCUGUCUGGGGUGCUGGGGUUACAUAGUCCUCUGGCACUGGUCAACAAGGUGUGGUUUGAUUUGCAAUUGCAUUUUUCCAAACGAGGGAGGGAAAUCUUAAGAGACUUGGCUCCAGAUGCCUUUGUUGUUGAGAAGGACAAGAAUGGGCGACGUUAUGCUAUGUUUAGAUAUCCUGGCAAAGGGAGAAAUGCAGAAGACCCCCAUAAAAUGGGUAAAAUGUACGAUAUGCCAGGAGACCCAAACUGUCCUGUUUUUUCCUUGGAGCUUUAUUUGUCUAAGUUGCCACCUGAACCCCCUGCGUUUUACUUGCAUCCGUUAAAACUAACGACAGAGCAGAUGCGAGAGCAGCCUGUCUGGUACAAACGGGAACCUAUGGGAGUGAACUACUUGGGUACAAUGAUGCCCAGGAUAAGUGUGGCAGCCAGGCUGUCCCAACGAUAUACCAAUCACUCUCUCAGAACUACCACCAUCCAAUUACUAUGUGAAGCAGGAUUGGGGCCCAGAGAGAUCAUGGCAGUGACAGGCCAUCGCUCUGAGUCUGCUAUUAGACAUUACUGGGGAGCUGCAGAAAUUCGCUACAGGGCCUGGUCGGAUAUAAUGGAGAGUAACACUCCCAAUUAUCUCUAUAACACUAUUCCAAAUGAAGUGGUAAAAGAACCAGUAUCUGAUGCUUCCACUUCUUCCAUAAAACAUGUCAUUUUAGAACAAAACAAAAUGUCAUUACUUCCUAAGAAAUCUAUUGUACCUGCCAGCAACCAUGUGACACCUAGCAAUAAUGUGACUUUAAUCUCUGGGGGACACAUGGCUCUGAGUUCUAAAAGUCACAUGAUGUUGAAACACAGCUCUUCCAAGGUGCUUCUUCCCAAGGACAUAACCAGUGUGACUACCAGUGCUCUUCAAGGAUGCUAUAGUGAACCUGUGUUUAUAAGCCGUGUGAUAAAACAAGAACCAAUGACUUGACACAUCUAUAAAAGGAAUCAAUUGAGAUUCAUUGCUAAGGUAGAAAAAGGAAAUGUUCUCCUGUUGAUUGAAUUUUUUUUGCACUUGGGGCAUUAAGGAAAUUUCUUACUGCUUAGUUCAGCAAGAAGUGUCCUGCCUGUGCCCCCUGAAGUGAGCUGUGAACAGAAAUUUUGAAAGAGCGAGGCUUGGAGUCUGCAUGACCUUUUACAGCAGCUGGGACUAUAGUUGGUCAAGCAGAGCCUUUAAAUAAUGCCAUCUUCAGUAAGUGUUGCUUUAUAUCUUACACUUACGGAGAGUGUGUGUUUGUUGUUAUACCAUCAUGUGCCUGCUGGCUAUGAUGUAGCCUUUUACAAAGAGGAGAAUACUGAUAAUUCAGAGGAGUAGGCACAAAUACACUGCAGGUAUUUAUACAUACACUAUCACCCAAGCAAUUAUUUGAUCACCUUCUCUCUUUCUGUCCAAAUUGACUUCAUCCUUAUUAGGACAAGAACUGGGAUUGUGCUGGUUUUAGCAUACUUCUAAAUUGACUGUCAUAUACUUGUACUGAUCUGGAGAGUUUGGGGUUUAUUUCUUAUUUUGCACUUUUGCAAGUCUCCUCCUUCCCCUUUCAUAGUGCUAGGUAAGGGAAAAGUUCUUAAACAUUCUGGUCCCCAAAGUCACUUCAUGAUAACUGAUAUCAAAAUGCAUAGCCUGCUACUGGUACAUGGGAAAAAUAUUAUUAUAGCAACUGCAAAGGAAAUAGAAUGGCCCCAUGAAAGGCAAAUAGGUACAGCUGACAUGCUGUUUGUUUGCAUGUGUGCGCGUGUCUUAAAUAUUUGUAUAUCUCUCCUGUACUGGAUUUCCAUCACAUUUCACAUUAUUCCUGGCCUUGGCACUUGGCAGGAGUCAUGAACAUUUGAGUCUGUUUUUUCCCCUUUCCAGAACUGAAUGUACCAUUUAGUCGGCAUAUGCAAAUUAAGAUAAAAUUGUUAAUAUACAUGUAUCAGUGCAGUGUAAUCUUCCAUCAGAUUCCUUCACCAAGAGGAAGUGUGUCAGGAAGUCUUGUUCUCUCCCAACCCAUCUUAGAAAUUACUUAGUUCGCCCUAUGGACUUAGUAUAUUAGUCACUGCCUGAUUGCGGCAAGUUGAUCCUAUCAUCACAUUUCACAAAAAAGGGAUUUCUUACAGGCUACAAAUUUAGCACCUGUCAGUGAAUGUGUUAGAAAUAAGUUCUAAAUGCUGCUUCAGCAGUGAAGAACAGUAGGAAUUGAAAGGAGUAGGAGGAGUUAAUUUUAAAUGAGCCAUCCUAGUGAAUUUAGCCCAAUGAUUUUAGUACCUCUCGUUGCCCUUUUCCAUGAAUUUUCUUAAAAGGACACUGGCAAAGUAAAGAUCGUAUUUGAAUUUUUUUUUUUUUACCUAUUGUAACAUGUAAUACUUAAGAUUAUGAUAAAUGAAAGCUAAGAGAAAAUAUUUUUCAUGGUACUGAUUGGGCCACAGGUUGAGAACCACUGCAUUAGUGACUCCUGUAGAAACACAGUAGACCCCGUAUUAUCAUUUUACUGUAGGAUGAAGCAAAUCAAGCUGGGGUGUGAAGGAGAACAACUGUUUCUAAUAUCUAGAAAAUGGAGAGACAACCUAAAUUCUCAUAAUAUAGGGGAGCCAUGCAAUAUCCUACUCCAAGGCAUAGGAAUGCUAAAGAAUUUGAGUAAAUUAAGGUCCUAAAUUAGGGAUUCAUUUAAAAAAAAAAAUCAUGGUUCUGCUGGACUAGCAAGUUGAAUCGCUUCUUCUAAAAAGCGCUUUGUCCAGGUUUACACAUAAUGAAAAUAAAUGCAUAGCACUUUCCAGACUACCUUUUAUAUAGAAAAAGAAAAGAAACUUUCUCAUCCUUAUAAUCUUAGGUAGUUCUGUGCUGUGACUUAUCUAUAGUUAAAGAGAACAACUGUUUACUUUCAACUUGAACAAUAUCCAACAGAAACAGUGCUGUUGAUAGAAAAAAAAAAAAUCUUCCUCUUUGUACCCUUUGCUGCUUAUUGUGGUCAUACUUACCCACAUGCCCUGUUCUGGUCUUACUGCGUUUUGUGUGACUUACUGUAAAGGCAUACUGCAAGGCUAAUGGUUUCAGUCUUUGGGACAAGGCUAGUUGGUGAUUAUAUAUAAUAUAAAUUUUAAUUGGACUUCUAUUGCAACCACUUCUGUGGGGAAGAUUUUUUAGUAGCUUUUAAUUGGCCAAUUUCUGAAAUUCAGUUUGGGAUUUUUUGUCAUUAACUACGUGUGCCAUAUUGUCAGCAUUAAUUUGACUCCUGCUAGUUUGAAACUGUUGAUUUGCAGUAUGACUAGAUUUUUCUUUUCCUGUGUGGGGAAAAAUUUCAGAAGUGGAAAAAAGCUGUUUCUGGUUGGAACAGGAGUAUGUGCCUUCUUUGAAAGUGGGUUAUUGCUAAAAAUUGGUAUAAAUUUUAAUUUAUUUCAAACCUUUCUUAGCUGAAACAGCCCUCUGUGCCAUUAGAAAUUAAAUGGGUACCACCAAAGUUCUGUUUUAAGUUCAAUAAAGCUGAGGUAGGGGAGCAGGAUGAUGGCUCAUGAUAUGUAAUAGGAUAUAUAGAGCAUUUUAUUUCUGUUGAAAAUUCAGAUAUGACCAUGGUCAGGAAUAAGCAAAAUUAUUUAUUAUAUGAGAGCUAUUUAGUUUCAGUCCAGUUCUUUAUGAUAGCUUCUGUGAUGCAGACACAUAUAUCAACAUUUAUGCUAAUUGGCCUCCUUAUUAGCAGUGUCAGCAGAGAGAUGAAGAAAAAGGACAUGAAAACUGAACUUACCUAUUCCCCCUCUGUUUAGUCCGCAAAAGAGAAAACAGAGGGGAGAUAAGUUUAAGUACAUAAAAGGUUUUUACAAGGAGGAGGGAGAAAAAUUGUUUUUCUUAACCUCUGAGGCUAGGACAAGAAGCAAUGAGCUUAAAUUGCAGCAAGGGAGGUUUAGGUUGGACAUUAGGAAAAACGUCCUAACUGUCAGGGUGGUUAAACACUGGGAUAAAUUGCCUCAGAAGGCUGUGGAAUCUCCAUAGCUGGAGAUCCUUAAGAGCAGGUUAGACAAACACCUGUCCGGAAUGUUCUAGAUCAGCAUUUCUCAAAUGUGGCCUCAUGGGCCACCAGGAUUUUUUCUUGCGGCCACAGCUGCCUGGGUGGUGAUUGGGGGGGCAGAGCAGCGGCUCCUACCCCGGGGUCACCCCCUGCCUCCUUCUGGAGCCACAGACACUGUAGGAGCAGGCAAUCAAUAUUAGUUCCCCACCUUCCUGGGGGCGGUGAGGCUUGGGCUUUGGCUUCAGCCUGGGGUGGUGGGCACCAGGCUCUGUCCCCCAGCCACACGGCUUCAGGCUCUGGCCCCGGGCUCACUCCUUCAUGUCACCACUGGCCCCUGAUGCCUCCAGGCCCCACCCGUGCAGUAGUACCCUAGACUCCAGCCCCGGACUCACCCCCAUCACCCUGAUGCCUGCUGCCUCCUCCAUGCUCCCAUCCAGUCCCCCAUUGCCCUGGCCCUCCUGCCUCCUUACUCACCUCCCCAUCCAGGUUUUAAUUUGUCCUCCAGCUUGCCAAGGAUGAGUAAGUCUGCUGUGCAAAGUGAUAUUAACAAAUAUACAAAUAUCACUUUUCACAAUAGCAGACUUACUAGCUAGCAAGUCUUUAAAAAAAAAAAUCAAACAAAAAAAGCAAAACAUGCAAAGCACCUUAUUUGUUUUUCUAGUCUCUUUAGGCCCAGUAAAGAAUAGGGACAACUGUACAUUAUUUUUAUUAUUGAGUCUGCAAAAAACCCUACAUAAAUAAAUUACAAUGAUUUGGACAUGUAUAUGUGCAUAUUUAUUUGUUUUUCCUAAAGUUAAUUCAGUAUUUUAAGAAAAAUUGUCAUAGCAGCCACCAGCAAGAGUUGGUGGCCGCCCUCUGAGGCCACCCAAAAAUUUGUUUUGAGAACCCCUGGAGAUAAUACUUAGUCCUGCUAUGAGUGCAGGGGACUGAACUAGAUGACCUCUCAAGGUCCCUUCCAGUCCUGUGAUUCUAUAUGGUCUCUCUCUUCCUUAGUCAUGGGCAAGAUACAUUUGAGGGCAGCGUUUAUGUGCAACUUGUACUGCCCCUACCUGUAAUUUACCUGUUAUAAAAACAGAAUUUCAGUCUCCAGACCUGUCAGUCUGGCACUCUUAUUAGCAAUUAAAAUUAAUUGAAAACUAUCUAAAUAUGACAAAUGCAUUUUAAAAGAAUUUGCUACUACUCCUGUAAUUUCUGUAAUUGGACUUACUCCUGAGAAGCUGAAAAGUGUCAUACUAGUUGCAAAAUGUGUAGCCCUUACUUGCCAUAUGGAGCUUAGUUUUUGGAAGGGUGUCUGCCAUUUUUAGGAACUAGCUUCCAUUUCUCAAGGCAGAGUUGAUUGUCAUCAGGGGCUCCCAAAGCAGUGUGGCAAAUGACUGUGUCCUCUUUCUGAUACACCCAGAAACUUCAGUUUUAAAUCCCCUUUUCAUGCUAAAACCUUGGUGCCAGGAAUCAUGGAGGCCUUUGUCAGAAAGAAGUCCCAUGUUUUGUCCUUUCUGCAAAUAGUGUUGGGAAAUUUCUGCUGUCAGCCUGAAGGGAGAGCCAUAAAUUCCAGUUGUGCUUAUAAAGUCAGCCCAGCUCCUCAGAACAUGCUGAGAUUUUUUCAUAGCUUUUCACUGCUAUGAAAGGAAUUAAUUCUGACCUAAGCUACAGUAUGUGAGAUCUAGAAAAUCAAUUUUCCUCAUUGCAUGGACUUUCUCUGUUACACACACCAUCACCCCAGGAACCUUAAUUGUCCAAAAUGUCAGAGAGACAGGGUUGAAAUCAUCUUAGUGUUACUCUCUUUUUAAUCUGUCAUGUCUGUUUUACCCUGAAGGGUUGCACACUGGUAAUUAGUUCAACAUAGACAGAUCUACCAUUAAGCAGCAAUUAAUCAAUGGACCUUCAGUUUGCAGCUAACCUGGUUCUCCUUUCCCCUACCUCCCCAAAAGAAAACAUAGGGAGAGGAGAGGAAAGCUUAUUGCACUUACAUUUUAUAGUCUCCUUUUAACUUAUCUUAAACUUUCUCUUGUUCUUACUAUCCAGUCACUGCCCCUUUCAUCAUGAUCCUCCCAGUGCCUCAGGAUCUGGAAGUAUAAUUUUGAAAACAUGGCAGGCACUUAAUAUAAACCUUAAUAUAUAAAUGGUUCUGUGGAAACAGAUGUGAUUUCAAUUAUAUUUAAAAUCUUUGUUAUAAUUUUUGAAGUAUUUUUAUUAUCCUAAUUUUGAUACCUGAUUUAUACAUUAUAUGCAAUAUAUACUAUGUAUAAACACAGGACUGUGACAUAAAGAGAGAAUAUACUGUCUUUUAAUAUAUUGAUGAAAGACAUAUGUUGGAGGUAUUAAAAAUGGCUGGGUUGAAAUCUUUACCUGUUCAGUGAUGGGUACAAACUGUUGUUAAAUCCUUGUAUCAGUUAAACAGUGGCUUCUCCUCCCUUCCCCUAAUCAGGGGUGCACUUUAUCCUUUCACAGAACAAAUAAAAUCCUUUUGAGUUUAUGCCUUA